AUGGGCGAACAUUAUAAAACUGGUUACCAUGUUAAUAGCUUGAAAAAUCAGUCACGCGCUUGCGUCUUCAUAGAUUCUAGCGAUCCUACGUUACCAAAUCAGGUAAUCAACGAUGCAAGGCCAUUCAUAAAAUUACCUUUCCCUCCAACGAUCGAUCCGCGUGAUUUAAUUACCGUCCUUCCUGAUGGUCGUGUUCCUACCCGUGCCCCUAAUGCCUUUAUUAUAUAUCGUCGUGCUUUUAUUGAAGCUGCUAGAGCCGAGGGUUAUAAUUUUCCGAUGAAUGUAAUUUCAUCAAUGACAUCACAAUCAUGGGAACAAGAACCUCAAUUUGUUAAAAACGAAUAUCGAAGGCUUGGUAAGGAAGCUUAUAACAGACGUAAUGAGAUUCCUGAACAGAGCUCUGAGCAAAAUUCUGAACAAAGUUCUGAACAGAGCUUUGAACGGAGCCUUAAACAAAGCUUUGAACGGAGCUCUGAACAGAGAUCUGAACAGAGAUCUGAACAGAGCCCCGAACAGAGCCCUGAACAGAGCCCUGAACAGAAAAUUGAACAGAGUCCUGAACAAAGUCCCAAACAGAGCUUCGAACAGGAACCUAAAAAUUCGAAUGACAGUUCUCCAAUUAUCAACAAUGAUCCUGGCUUUCAUUAUGAUUACUCAUACUUUUCCGAUGGUACUAUCGAAGAAUCACCCCUUCAAACACCAGUUCGUGAAACCUUUGAACAUCAUUUUGAAUCUUUACCUUCAUUCGACAAUAAUAUUUACACAAUUUCGAGCGAUCAAAAUGGACUUGAAGAAAUCCAUAAAUAUACAACAAAUAACGUUAACAAUCAACUAUCUUCGAACCCACUUGGAAUUCAUGAGAAUUUAUUCACAACAGAGGCGGAUAUGUUCGUAUUGUCUAAUUCCAAUGAGCUGCCCAUUAUAUUUGAUAACGUUACGACAUUAUAUCAAGGAGAUUUGAGAAUUGAUUUACCUUGCGGAGUGGAUUUUGCGAAUCGGACUGCAAUUACAAGCGAUUUAACCUCAUUUUCUCGUUAUAUUCAUAAUGAUUCACCGAGAAAUACUGCCUGGAAUAGAAAUGCAAUGCGUGAUUAUUUAAAUAUAGAUAUGACUCAGUUUGGUCAGAAUAAUCAGAUUUCGGAUUGGAACUCUCGAGGUGGUUUAACUGGAGAAUUAUUAUUUUCAACUACCACAUCAUCCAAAGCUGAACCAAUACAAUACACUUCUUUGAAUCCUAAUUUUCGUACCAUUUCACCCAAUAAUGUAGCUCCACCACCACCUACCACUGUUAAUUCUUCUACUACACAAUCUUUUCCUCAAACAUCCAUAAAACCUACCGGACAAUACAGAGCUUAUUCUCCACAACAUUUUUAUCAGAAUCGAAUUCUUGAUCAAUAUGCAUCUCAAUCCAUCAACCCAAUUACUCUUAGACAACUUAUAGUAUUUGGUCGUAAUUUGACUGAAGAAAGAAUUAUUAAAAGUGGGAAUUAUGUUAGAAGUGAGCUUCCUGUACGAAUAGCUCAUAGAAUAAGAGAUUUCCAAAAUUUACCUUUUAUCGUGGGAACAAAUCCUCAUCUUGCUAGAGUUUAUGAUCUAUAUUGGCUUGCAUUUGAGAGAUUAAGAAAAAUUCCUCCUAUAAGAACUAUUGAAGAAAAUAAUGAAUGGUGUGAAACUAUAAAAAAUUUGUUAAAAGAUCAUUUAGUGGUAAUUCCUCAAUUAGCGAUGGGUAUAAUGGAAUGUUCGGAGCAUUUAUCAGGAGAACAAAUAGAUCGAUUUAUGAAUACAAUGUUAAGAUCACGUAUUUCAAGAAGAGUUUUGGCCGAACAACAAAUUGCUUUAACUGAAAAUUGGCAUGAUCCUGGCUAUUCUUAUGAUCAAAGUGAGAAUGAUGGAUGGAUUGGUGUUAUAUCAACUCAUUGUGAGGCUAAAGAAGUCGUGGAAAAAUGUGCCAAAAUGACAAGAAGUUUUUAUAAAACUUAUUAUAAUGUUGAACCACCACAAGUUCUUGUCGAUGGUCAAGUGGAUACUACUUUUGCUUACAUACCAGAUCACAUAGAAUAUAUUAUCUAUGAAUUGUUAAAGAAUUCUAUAAGAGGGGUAAUAGAGAAACAUUCUCCUUCAAUAUUAUCAACCUCUCAAUCUCCGUCAAAACAAAUGCUCGAAUCUUCACAACUUUUUCCAUCCAUCACUGUGACAGUAUGUUCUGGUCCAACGGAUUUAUAUUUCCGUGUGUCAGAUCAAGGUGGUGGUAUACCUGAUAAGCUAUAUCCUUAUAUUUGGUCAUUUGCGAGUAAAAGUAAUGAUAAAAAAAUUUUACAUAAAUUUACAAACUUUUCAAAAGUACCACAAAUGGCUGCCAGAGUAGAAGAAUAUGAAAGACAUAUUGUACCUCCUGAUUUAAGCCUUGGCAUAGGUUUACCAAUGAGUAAAGUUUAUGCUGAAUAUUGGGGUGGUGGUUUAAAUAUUUAUAGCUUGGAUGGUUAUGGUGUUGAUGCAUAUGUUAAAAUUACUAAAUUAGGAAAUAGAACAGAAAAUUUGGUUUAA